AUGAGCCUCAUGCGUCUCUAUUUCGAAUUAAAUCAGUUCCGCGAGAGGCAGACAGGCAGAAUACACGCGAGAGAGAAUUCUGAUAGGCGACUUCCGGCGAUUCCUUGGCGAUUUCUUGGCGAAUCCGGCGAUUUCCUCUCGUUUUCCGAUUUGCAGAAACAUCACAUUUCACAUAAACUCAUGAAAGAGGGCACAACCCAAGUAUUUAAAGUCCGAAGGACAGAAAGCAAGACUUGGGACGUCGAAAUUCACGAGAAUGUUAGAUAUUGGCUUGACGUCUUUGGUUUCAAAGGCGUGAUCGAUUGUGGGAAGCCCAUGAAGGUGGACAACGAGCUGAUCACGGCGUUGAUUGAGCGUUGGAGACCGGAGACGCACACUUUCCAUCUACCGAUCGGUGAGGCGACGAUCACCUUGGAAGAUGUGCAAGCCAUUUGGGGCUUGAGGGCGGAUGGUCGCGUUUUCACAGGGCGUGACUAUCAUGACAACUUUCCAGACUGGACCAGCAAGUGCCGCGAUCUGUUGGGAUGGAUACCAGAUACUUCCACAGAGACAAAGCAAGGCGGUUUGCUGAUGACCACACUGAUCAACCAGACAAGGAUGCCUCUGGGUGAUGACCUACCUAUGUACGUAUACAUCCAAAGGGCACAUAUCCAUGCCUUAAUUUUAUUAGGAGGUCUCAUUCUACCGGACACCACGGGGUGUAAGGUGCCAUUUAUGUGGUUGAAUGGGCUUGGGGAUCCAGAAGAGGUGAAGAAUAUUAGUUGGGGAAGUGCGGCAUUGGCCUACCUUUAUCAUUAUCUGUGCGAGGCUUCCAUGGAUAAGAGAAAAGAGUUGGGCGGGCCUAUGAUGCUUCUGCAGCUAUGGGCGUGGGAAAGAAUGCCCACAUUGAGGCAUGCGUUCAUUGGACCAGUUGUGGAAAGGAACAACGCAGAUAGGAAAUGCUCCUAG